AUGGGAAGUUCACGUCAAGAUAAUAGUGAGUGGGCGAAGUUCAAGAAAGAUGGGUUUCCUUUCUAUCCUGAUUUAUGCAUUGUAUUUGGUGAUACGGAUGCUACUGGGGAGCAAGCAAUAGGAAGUUGGCACAAUUUGACACUGUCAAAUGACGAGGACAAUUGCGAAGAUGAUGGUAAUGAUUUUCUAGAGGGUUUUAGUGAUCACCAUCUUGAUGAGAAAGGUUUCACACCUGGCAAUCCUAGUACUCCAGUUAAUGAUAAGCACAACUUGGAUAGGACUCUGAAUGCCAAGAGAAGAAGAAAGAGUAGCCAGUACAAUUUAAUCACGACUUACAAAGCCAUUGAAGGUGCAAUGGAAGAGGAAUCAAGUGUUGUGUCUAUUGGACGGUUAGCUCCAGUUGAAACAUGCUUGAAUGAGUUUCAUAUUAAGAUAAUACGUUCAUGGUUCUACACUCGGAUGCUGGACAAGUGCUUGCAUAUGAAAGAACCAUGUAGGGACGGUAAACAAUCGGGAGCCGAAUGGAUAAACGAGAUUAUUCGUGGAUACUCGGAUAAAAUAUACAAGGCCUUUAGGAUGGAUAGAAACUUUUCCGAAGAUGGUGAUCCCGACUAUGCAUAUGGGUCUACAAAAGAAGAGGUUGCUGAUGAUAUAUCGGAUGUGCGAGCAAGUAAGAUGAACAUGUUUAGGAAAAGUAUUACAAAUAAAAUGGCAAGUGACUACAAUAUGCCUGGAAUUCCAUGA